UUCCCUGACCUGUUGACUCACAUCCCACUAUUCACCUUCCUUUCAAAACUUUAGGAGCGGGACGAUGAAGUUGGGGGUUCAACCCUCCUUUAUUUUUUUAUUUUUUCAUUAUACAUGCGUGUAUGUAUUCAGUUUUUUUUUCUGGCAAAAGUUGUAUACAAAGCACUUUAUUCUCUGCGAUUCACAAAAUCUCUCCCAUCUUCUGUUUUCUCGAUAGGUUUGUUCAAUUUUUGAUGGUAUUUUCGUUUCUGAGAAUCUGAGGACAAAAAUCUUUAAUUUUUGUUGAGGAUCCUAGAGAUUUUGUAGAUUACUCUUUUAUUUUAUGGUUAGAAUCUGGGCUGUUUUCAAUUUCGUCGGUUUUGUUGUUCCGUGGUUCAAAUUAGGCUUACCAGGGAAGUUCGUGAAAAAGUAUAACUGUGGUAUUGAGAGUUAUUGGGUGAAUUUGCUCUAUUGAGAGUUAUUGGGUGAAUUUGCUCUAGACGAUUUGAAUAACUUUUCCUGUUCUAUUCAAUUCAAUUGUUUGGGAAAGAGGGUUAGAGUUUUUAGCUUUUGGGUUGGCGAUGGUUGAAUUCAUCUGAUAAGGGGACAAUGAUCGCGAAACAGAUGAGAAAAUUUGAAACGAACCUCAAGCGAUGCAAAGCAGAGAAUAAGGAAGACUUACCUAUUGAGAAUGAGGGGGAAUCAUGCUUCACAGUGAAUUCCAAGAAGGUGAAAACAACCGAUGGGCUUUUCACUGUUCCUGUAAAACAAUUUGAAGAGUGCAACAUUAAUUUCCAGAACAAUUUGCCCACAGGAGCUAGUUUCUACAUCGGUGAUGAGAUCUCCAUACCCAAACUAAAAUUCGGACUCAAACUCAGACUCAGAUAGGUCUUAAUAGUAAGCCUCCUCUGUUGAAGUCUAACAGAGGGCGUACACAGGUACUACCAUCGAAAUCCAAUGACUCAGUUUUGCAUUCAUGGAAGAAAGAAAAAUCUGAGAGUGAUGAUUAUGGAAGCAGUACUUUGGAUACAGAUAAUGUGGACGGUGGAAAUCAUAGUAAGAAGAAACUAAAGCGUCAAAAGUUUUGCAAUGAUGAAAUAUAUUUCUAAAAACAGAAAAGUGAAGAUCAAAAUGACUUCCAAUUUUAUACUACAAGUUUAUUACACCCUCCAACACCAAAUAUGGGUAUAGAGACUGGUCUGACGGUAAAAUGUAUUCGAGUUCCUGAAGUCAAGUGACAUCAGUUAAUGAAGGAUGUUCUAGUGUUUCACAAGUGGUGGAUACUCAAGGAGGGAGGUGAAUGGAUUUGUGGGAGUGCAGAAGAUGGUCAAGGAGGAUGAGACUGUAAAGAAGGCGGCUGAUUUUUAUCAGCCUGAAGAUUUUGUAUGGGGGGAUAUAGUUUGGGCUAAAUGUGGUAAGAAUUUCCCAGCUUGGCCAGCUAUUGUGAUUGAUCCGCUGUGGCAAGCACCUGAAUCUGUUCUGAGGGCUUGUGUUCGAGGCACACUCUGUGUGAUGUUUUAUGGGUAUUCAAAGAUGGACAUAGGGUAAUUAACUUCCUCAUGUUUUGCACUUGCGUUUGUGCUCGAUGGAUAUGAAAUAUUAUUGAGUACUGUAUGGCAUGGUAUACGUAUAUGUUAAUAUUUGAAGAAUGCCUUGAGCAGUUAAAAAUUACAAUGGAUGUGACUGUGACAUCACUUUUAACUGUUGUUAGCAUUUUUAAAUGCAUAAACAAAGGCACUUAGAUUUUCUGGCCAAUAGUGACACUGGAGGCUUUUAUUUUUACUGUUAUAUCCAGGAUUAUGCAUGGAUAAAAGCUGGAAUGGUUUUUCCCUAUCACGAAUACAUGGACAGAUUUCAGGGGCGGACUAAGUUGUAUGGCAGCAAAGCUAGUGAUCUCCAAAUGGCUAUAGAGGAAGCUAUUUUAGCUGAAAAUGGCUUCACAAAUCCUUCGGUUGAGACUGUGCAGGAAGCUUUACCUGAGACAAAAUCCAGUGAAAUUGAACAGGCGACUGGGUCAAAUCAGAAGUCACAACAUUAUUUCAUUGAGCAGGUGAGUUUUCAUGAAGCUCAGUUUUUAUUGUUAAACAUGAAUAACAUAUAUAUUUAGUUAUGUUUCAAAAUGGUGCUAGUACAAGUUACAAUUCAACUCACUCGUACUUGUUAGGAUAUUCCAUUGAUUUCUUAGGUUUUUUUGAGGUUUGUUUUUCAGACCUUACUUUUCAGAACAGAUUUGCAAAAUAUUCUACUUAAUGUCAAAUUGGAGUAUUAGUGUUAAGAAGAAGGUAAUUUACUUUCGGUCGCUACCAUCUUUCCAACUUGACUAAUGGUGCUUGGAAUUUGUACUAAUUAAGUUACUGAUAACCAGAACUUGUAGAUUACAAGCUAAAGAGAUGGUAUCACUUCUUUUAUGCUAAUUUUAUUACUAUCUACUACUUAUGUAGAUUUCAUUUUUUUACUAUAUUCCUAAAUAUUUGUUUUUCUUACUUUUGGGGCAUGGAGGUCUUGGAAUACAUAGAAUUUGUUAGAACCUUUUGUGCUUUUAAAUGCAUGAUUUCCUCGUGGUAUGGAAGGACCAUACUUUCAUAUCGACCAUACUCUAGUCUUUAUGUGGAAACAAUUUGAGAUUUAAGUUACAUGUAUCAGAUUAAAUAUGAACAAAUAUGCCAACUUGUUCAGUUGGUUGAUCUGUAUUUUGCUUAUGAUAAAAAAAAAACUUGGAGAUGUUAAAUCAUUAUAUUAUUUGAUUUAUAAAUGUAAUAAACUUGCAAGUACUUAUAUGACUUUUGUAUUGUUGGAUUGUAGAAAUAUUUUUUCAGGAAAAUGAAUUGAAACCGUUUGAUACUUAAUAUUUAUUUUUCACUUAUUUUUAGCCAGGAUAGUUAAUCGAUUAUCAAAUAUUAUUAACUUGUAAAAUAUUUUAAUUGUUUGAGCACCGAAUGUAAUUCCAUAUAUUUUGGCGUAA